AUGGACGUAGUAGGGCUUUUGAACAAUAUAAACGAUAAUUCGAACAUGUUUGCUGUGAAAACAUGGACGUCCGAGUGGUCGAACAAUUUUCAAGACAACCAAUUGAUGUGGUCUAUCUGCGGUUGUCUUCUCGUUUCCUUAGUGGUAGUAUUUUUCUACUACUACAGAAGAUGGAGGUCGAAAGAAUUAACCGGUGUCACAGGCGGUGUUGGGGCAACAGGGGAUGCCGUAAAAAGGUUCCGAAAACGUGAUAAGAUGCUGUUCUACGGACGCAGGAUGCUGAGGAAAGUCAAGUCUAUCUCCAACUCUGGCCAGGGAAGGAAGAGACGAGCCGUCAUGCGGUUUGCUAGGAAACUGCUGCAGCUGAAGAAGGAAACUGCUCCUGAACAGCUGAAGGUUCUGGAGCCCCCAGCAGAGUACUUGGAGGAGGACCUGACUAGUGAUGACAGGGUCCCACCAGAUGCCCUGUAUAUGCUGCACAGCAUCAGGGUGUUUGGUCACUUCGAGAAGCCCGUGUUCCUCAUGCUUUGCAAGCAUACUGAGAUCCUCAAUCUGCCUGCUGGUGCUUUCUUGUUUAAAGUUGGCGAUACAGACGAGAACGUAUACGUAGUUCAGAACGGUCGCGUGAACGUGUACAUCACGAACCAGGACGGCAGCAGUCUCUCGCUGAAGGUGGUGCGCGCUGGGGAGAGUGUGACGUCACUGCUCAGCUUCACUGACGUGCUUACAGGACACUCACAACCCUACAAGACUGUAAACGCUAAGGCGUUGGAGGACUCGCAAGUAAUCAAGUUACCGAUGAGGGCUUUCCAAGAAGUCUUCAAGGAGUACCCGGACAUAUUCGUCCGAGUUAUACAGAUCAUUAUGGUGCGUCUACAGAGGGUGACAUUCACAGCUCUCCAUCAGUACUUAGGAUUGAGUGCCGAGUUGGUCAAUCCGGGUCGCGACAAACGGCGUCCAAAUACAGUGUCGUCGUCCCCCGGCAAGGCGGCCAAGAUGUCGACGGCCGACAGCAGCGCCAACAUGCACUCCCCGCACCACAGCGACCGAGCCAUGUCCGAACAUCUCAAUGCAUGCCAAGAACCGAGUCACCCGGCCUCGUCCCCCAUACACAUACAAGGACGCCGGCAGAAACCUGACAUGGUGCCCGACAUAGCGUCCAAUACGCCACAGAAUCAACCAGAUGUCCAGCCAACUCCACCUCUUCAGAGGGCUCGGGAAGGAUCUUCCUUCAAGAAACACAAUACGGAUAACCUUGACGAACAGACGCUAAUCCAAAUAGCAACGGACGCGUUCGUGAAAGAACUUGGACUGGACAGUGACACAGUGUUACGCGGCAACGUGCAAGUUAGGGACCUGCCGGCUGGGACCUAUAUCAUGAAGGAGGAGAGUCAUAAGGAUGUGGCGCUAGUAUACCUGUUAUCUGGGGCUCUGCUGGUCUCUCAAAGAGUAGCUGAAGGCGAAGGAGAAGUGCACAUGUUUACUGCUUAUCCAGGUGAAGUGGAAGGCGGUCUGGCAGUGCUAACAGGGGAGCCAAGUUUCUUCUCGAUCAGAGCGAAACAUUUCUCCCGCAUCGGCCUGUUAUCGAAGACGACAGUGUACAGCAUCAUGAGGGAGCGCCCCUCUGUAGUAUUGCACAUCGCCAAUACUGUCGUACGGAGAUUGUCUCCUUUCGUGAGGCAGGUCGACUUUGCGCUGGAUUGGGUGUUCCUCGAAUCAGGCCGCGCAGUCUACCGGCAGGACGAAGAAUCAGGUUCCACAUUCAUAGUCCUCAGCGGUCGUCUGCGUUCCGUCAUAACACAUCCGAACGGCAAGAAGGAGUUAGUAGGAGAAUAUGGAAAGGGAGAUUUAGUAGGGAUAGUGGAGAUGGUCACUCAGACUAGAAGGAGUACUACAGUCAUGGCUGUCAGAGAUUCCGAGCUGGCCAAGCUACCUGAAGGUCUGUUCAAUGCUAUUAAACUGAGGUUCCCCGUUGUGGUGACGAGGCUGAUUAAUCUGCUUGGACAUCGGAUUUUGGGAUCAUGGCAGAAACCAACAGCGGGUCUAGGAGGCGCGGCCGCCAUAGAACCGCGCCCCUCCCAGCACAACUUCUCCACCGUGGCCGUCGUACCAGUCAGCGAUGACGUACCAUUGACUGCCUUCACAUACGAGCUGUACCAUUCCCUGUCUGCUAUAGGCCCUACAGUGCGUCUGACUUCUGAUGUAAUCAGAAAACUUCUCGGUUUGACCAUUAUGGAUCCUAAUAACGAGUACAGACUCAGCUCCUGGCUAGCUCAGCAAGAGGAUAAGCAUAAGGUGGCCCUAUACCAGUGCGACCCAAGUCUCACCCAGUGGACACAGCGCUGCAUUCGUCAGGCUGAUUGUAUUCUGAUUGUAGCAUUGGGAGACAAACAACCGAGUAUUGGAAAGAUAGAAAAAGAAAUAGAACGCCUAGCGAUACGUACUCAGAAGGAGCUGGUCCUCCUGCACCGCGAGGGCGGCCCGCAGCCGGCCGGCACGGUGCACUGGCUCAACAUGAGGUCCUGGGUCAGUCAGCAUCAUCACGUGCGCUGCCCACACCGCAUGUUCACUAGGAAGAGCCAGUAUAGGAUCAGCGAGUUAUACAGCAAAGUCCUGAUGUCAGAAGCCAGCGUGCACUCGGACUUCUCCCGGCUGGCGCGCUGGCUGACGGGCACCUCCGUGGGGCUCGUGCUGGGCGGCGGCGGGGCGCGGGGCGCGGCGCACGUCGGGAUGGUGCGCGCCAUACAGGAAGCCGGUAUCCCCAUAGACAUGGUGGGUGGAGUAAGUAUCGGAGCCUUCAUGGGAGCUCUAUGGUGUAUGGAGAGGAACAUCACUACUGUCACGCAGAAGGCGAGAGAGUGGUCACAGAAAAUGACACAAUGGGGCAAACAGCUCCUAGACCUGACCUAUCCAGCCACCUCCAUGUUCUCCGGGAGACAGUUCAACGCCACCAUCAGAUCUACCUUCGGAGAUGUCCACAUCGAAGACCUGUGGCUUCCAUACUUCACUGUCACUACUGACAUCAGCUCCAGUUGCAUGAGAGUACAUCGACAUGGUUCCCUCUGGCGUUACAUUCGCGCGUCCAUGUCGCUCAGCGGGUAUAUGCCGCCGCUCUGCGACCCGCUAGACGGCCACCUCCUAUUGGACGGCGGUUACGUCAACAAUCUCCCAGCGGACGUGAUGAGAUCUUUGGGUGCUAAACACAUCUUGGCCAUUGACGUGGGCUCCCAGGACGACACUGACCUCACCAACUAUGGUGAUGACCUAUCUGGCUGGUGGCUUCUGUGGAAGAGAUGGAAUCCAUUCACCACGCCUGUGAAGGUGCCGAACUUACCAGAUAUUCAAAGUAGACUGGCUUAUGUGUCUUGCAACCGACAACUUGAGGAAGUAAAAAAAUCCGACUACUGCGAAUACAUACGGCCUCCGAUUGACGCAUAUAAGACGUUACAAUUUGGUUCGUUCGACGAGAUCCGUGAAGUAGGCUACCGACAUGGUGCGGCCUACUUCGAGGGUCAGCGGCGGGGCGGCGGCGGCGGCGUCAGCGGAGCUGCUGCGGAAGGGAGACGGCAUGAUGCACAGCCUUCACUUACUGAGUACCGGUACGGGACGACGUACUUUGAGGGGCAGCGCCGAGUAUGUGCCAGACGCCCUAGUGGCAUCAUCGAUGGAAGAAAGAACCACCCACAACCUUCGAUUACUGAUUAUACUUUCACGGACUUGGCCCAAAUGGUGUGUUCAGUCCGCACGGCCCGUGACGUAGACAACGACUCCUCGUCAUCAUCAGACUAUGAGGAGGACCAGCGACAUUUCGAAGGUUACGCCUCGGAGCCCAGCGCUGGGAUACUCGAGAUGUCGUCCAGCGUAGAGGACGGAGCGGCCGCGUGGAUCAGUGACACAGAAUUGGAAGGUCUGCGCACGCGCAGGGUAGGUGGCUCCCUCUCGUUGUCGGAGGACGAAAUCGACUCGGAGGCUGAGGUCUAUGACCCUCUGAACAAGCGAGGAGGAGGUAGGUGA